GGUCCGGUGCAGUUGGCGUGCGCGCAGUUUCGGUGCGAGUGCAAUUAUUAUAGGUAUUAUAUUUACGUGUGCGUACAGUUUUCGCGGUGCUUCGCCGUUUUCACAUAAUAUUUUCUCGGUUUUUUUCAUUUCUUCAAUUGUUCGUGUGCCAAUUCGAAGAACAUGACUACACCAUUCGGCGUGACUUCACGUUCGAUUUUUAAAUGUUUCUAAGAGAACAUGAUCCCGAGCUAAACUCCCCAAACAUGCUGGACGUGUACAGAUCGGACUCGCAAAAGUCCGACUCGUCGCAGAGGCCAAGAGUGUCGUUCAAUCGGGACGUGCGAAUCAAGAAAAUCGGCAACUCGGAUGCAGCAAGUAUUGUGGAAGCUUUAGCUGGAGAUGGUGAAGGCCACUUGGUGCCCACGCCAGUUCGCAGGGAAAAGAUCAAAGCAUCCAAGCGUGAACUUGCGUUGGAAGCUGACCGCGUACUUAAGCAGGCGGAUAGCGUGGCCUCGCUGCACUCGGAUGUACCGCCGAGAAGACAGCAGAGGAGCAAACCAGAUGGAGGGUCCCUUCAACGAAAAACCAGCUUUGGAGGGACAGAUUCGAAAAAAUGGAAUUCUGAAGGCAAACUAUCGUCGUACAUGUCGUUGGACAGGCCAAAGAACCGGAUCAGGAAGAGGGAGCAGCCGACGUGGGAAGAACAGCGGCACGGCGGUCAACAAUAUCGGUCGUCGACGGACCUGACGAGCGCGGCGGCACCGCCGAAAAGACGAUCGACCGCGUCGUCUUCGGGUGGCGGCAAGUUGACCAGGAGCGUUAGCGACGCGGGUGACCGGGACAAGCCCCUGGCGUCCGGCGACGGCGGCGACGCGAAACGUUCGAUAUCGCUGUUCGGCACCAUCCAGCGGAUCAAGACGAAGAUCAAAAAGCGACCGACGGCGAUGGCCGUGGACCGGUCCGCGGAACCGUCGGUAGCGCCGGGCCCGUCGCCACCCCCGGCGCCGGUCCGGGCGAAAAAACAGCUGUCGCCCAUCAUCGAAUCGUCGCCGCGAGACGAGUACUUUAAGUAUUCGGUCGGCGGCCCGCUGGACUACGGCGGCGCGUCCCCGCCGCGCCCGGUCCGCGGCCACAAGGUCGACCGGAUCGUCCGGAAACUGCAGCAACAGCAGCAGCAGCACCAACAACAACAACAACAACAGGCGGCGGCGGCAGCCGAACUCGCCCGUCAACCGCCGCCGUCACCGCCGCCGCCGCCGCCGCUGCAGUCGUCAUCGCCAGACUUUGCCCACGCGCACAACGGCAACGAACCGUUUUCGUACACGGCCACGUCGUCGCCCACCAUCGUCCACCUACCGGACGACGCGGCAGCUGACCGACCGCCACCACCGCAACGACAACGACAACAGUAUCGCUCGGCCGGCGGCAUGGACGACACGUGGACGUCGUACGACGAUCUCAGCCACAGGCGGGACGCGCUCGAGUCGAGGCUGCAGAAACGCGCGGCCGCCGUGGUGGUCAGACCGCAACGGACGGGGGCGGGGGCGGCGGCGCGCGCGCGAACUCCGACGGAGUCGCCGGCGCCGGACACGUACGCCACUGUGUACAAGAAGAACGAGACGCUCGGCGGCGGUGACAGAUACUUCGAGCGGAAGAUCGUCACGGAGCACCGGUUCGCCCGCAGGACGCCCAGGCUGUCCGGCGACGGUGCGGGCGACGACCACGAAGACAGUGCCGUCGACGCCGACCACCGUGACCGCCGCGAUUACCGCGACGCCGCCGUCCACCACGACGACCACCAUCACCGCGACGCGACCGCCCGGACGGUGGACGCCGGCCGCGGGCGUCCGCCGACGUCCCGGGCCUCGUCCGGCAUGCCGACCAUCGUUUCCCGGAACAACGUGACCGUCGUCAACGGGCCGUCGCGCUCCGCUUCCGUGUACGCCGCCGAUAAACCGGCCAAGAAACGUUCCAGGCUGGACAAGUUCAAGAUGCUAUUCACCGGUGGCUCGUCCGCGUCAAAGGAGAACAAGCGGCCGUCGCCUUCUGCCAGAACUCAGUACAACUCGUCCGAUCCCGAGUCUUACACGUCGUCUUUACGAAAACGGUACAACGUGUUCACGGGCACCGACAACAACAAACAGGGAAAUCAUGUGUCUGGAAACAGGAGAACGUCGUCUCCAAGCAAAACUUCGAAACCGACCGGAAACAAUGCGUGGUUCAAGUCGUUGGAUAGAUUCGGCAAGAAAAACAAGAGAUCGAAGACGUUCACAUCGGGGAGCGAAAACGACGACGAGAUCCGAGUGCAUAGAGUGAACGAUCGGAAUAACUCGAAGGGGACGACCCGGUCAUACCACAGCGUGGGAAAUCUCAACUCUCUAGAUAUGGACCAUUCGCCUAGGCUGAUUGCUGACAAGAGACAUUCGCUGAUUGACAGUUCAGCAGGCAGCACGACCGAGGGUGAUAGUAGUCAGAAAUCGCACAAGUCCACAGUCUAUCUGCACGCCACCACGGUAGGAGAAAUACCGGAAUCGCGACAGCUGCACCAGUCCGUGUUCGGAGCCAAGAGCAGGCGGGCGGCGAGCCGCGAAGAGCUGUCGUCGCGCAACGACGCGUUCGGCGGUGGCGGCGCUCAGAAGCGCACACUGUCCCGGUCAGUGUCGGUGCUAGCGCCGUGGGCCCCGCGGCACGGUGAGGGCCGGACCGUAGACUACGACGAGCGCGGCCGGCCCCCCAGGGCGCCGUCGUCGACCAGACACGGGCCAGUCAAAGCGACCAAAAGCGACCCGGAAGAAUCAGCGGUUGCGGGCGCGGGCAGGUCCACGUCGGCUGCGCGGACUAAGAACCGAACGCCGAACCGGGCCAGUUCGGGCGAGGAGUCGUCGCUGCUCGAUGAGGUGAUCAUCCGGACCACCAGCCGUACCGGCAAGCUCAUCAAGGACGACCGUUCCACGUCCCGGCAGAUCGGCCGGUCCAUGUCGUCGGCGAACAGGUCAGCAGCAGGUGGCACGUUGACGCGGGUCAAAACGAAAUCGUAAUGAACAACAAUCGGAGUUCGACAAUUACGACAACAACAAAAAUAAUAAUUAAUAACAAUACAAAUAAUAAUAUUCAUAAUAAUAAUAAUAAUAAUAAUAAUAAUAAUUUUUUAGCAA